CCGCGCGCGCGAGAGUACACAUUGUCCUAACAGGAACACAACAGUAACAGGAAACACUUUGAUUGCAAUCCAAAGUUCCAUUGAUAGCGCACUGCAAGUGGUUUUUUGUGUAUCAUCGCGACUGUUUCCUGGUAUAUUUCCAUUGACCGGCUCUUUUGGGUGAUCGUCGCUAAUCUACUUACGGGAAACUGUGCCACGAAACAUUAAAAAAAAACUAAAGAAGUACUCGUGAAUGUUUGAACGGAAUACAAGAAAACGCGGUGAUACAUACUGACGCAGUUCACGCCGAGACGAUGCAGCAGAAACGGAUUAUUUUUGGUGCUAUCGUCUUCGUCACUAUCGCUGCAUUCUUCGCCCAGGCCUGCGAGCUUGACCAAACCCAGCACGGCUGUCGGAUAGACAACGGCCAAUGUACAUGUGCCUUUGGAUGUAAAUCAGAAUUUCGAUACGCAACACGGAAAGAAUGUCAAGAUGCACUGAAGGGCCGUUCCGGUGACAUUUGCAGUAGGGCACCUUGCAUGAAUGGUGGAUCUUGCACUCAGGUAACUGCAAUGCCACAGUACAAGUGUCGAUGCGAAGGAACUGGCUAUUGGGGCAACCGGUGCCAACGAUUAUGUCCAAAACCGGAACAAGUUACGGCUGGUGCCAAAUUUCCUCAUGAAUGUGUCGUUAUUUAAACACGAAAUCAUCGGCUUUCAAGAAGGACAUCAUUUAUCUACCAUGUAUUCAAAAACCAAAUUCAUUCUGUGAAAAUCUGGAACUUAGUCGAAAAUAUCCCAUGGAAAUGAUUCCAGAACCAUCGACUAGAAUUUGUUCGAAUGAAACGAAAAUGAUAACAGUCGAUUUGUUGUGAAACAUCGUCGACUUCCUCGAAACAUUGUAGUCAUAACAUCAGCAUAGCCUUUCUUUAUCUUCAUUGUUUUCUGUAGUUUCUGUUGUACGCUUUCUCUAUCAGAACAAACACUACUGAUAAGAUUGACGAAAGUCAAGCACCAGGCCACAAGCUAACCAUUUUUUUUAAAUCUAGGUUGUAGGUUAGGACUAGCCAAUAACAAUUAUAGAACUGUACUGACUAAAACCGGAGAUACGAAACUGUAAAUAAAAAAGAUUUUUAAACAAA